UGAUUGGUCCCGAGUCUGGCUGCCUCACAAAAUAGUAGUAUUACAGUACAUCGUUAAUUUCUCCCAGAUUCGCUUUGUCGUGUCUCGAGCAUCCUUGAUGUCCAGGGAAAUCCAUAUUUGUCCUUUUUUCUGCGUACUUUCAUCGAAUUAUUGCUUGUUAGCUCUAUACCAACUUCUUAUAUAUCCCAUCCUCCACAUCUACGCCUGAAUCAUCGUCCAACUAUUAGUUCCUCUCUCUGCGUUCAUAUCGCAACAUGCUUCCCUUUUCAACUCUCUUUCAAACCCCGUUAACCACCGAGUAUUGGUACAACCACCCCACAACAACACUUCUAGCGUUCUUGCUCAUCUCCCUUGUUACUUGCUAUGCAUGGCUCAAGCCCAAGGCCCAAAGGCUUCCACCGGGCCCAUCGGGCCUCCCUUUCUUCGGGAACCUCCUAUCCUUGGACCCAGACCUCCACACUUACUUCGCCGUCCUGGCCCAGAUCCACGGUCCAAUCUUCAAGCUCCAGCUCGGGAGCAAACUCUGCAUCGUGCUGACUUCGCCGCCCAUGGCUCGCGCGGUGCUCAAAGAGAACGACACCGUUUUCGCAAACCGUGACGUCCCUGCCGCGGGCCGGGCCGCGAGCUACGGCGGAUCCGACAUAGUGUGGACCCCAUACGGGCCCGAGUGGCGGAUGCUGCGGAAGGUGUGCGUGGCUAAGAUGCUGAGCCACGCCACGCUGGAUACGGUGUACGAUCUGCGCCGCGAGGAGGUGCGCAAAACGGUGUCGUAUUUGCACGACCGAGUGGGGAGUGCGGUGAAUAUAGGGGAACAGGUUUUUCUGACGGUGAUAAAUGUGAUAACGAACAUGCUGUGGGGAGGGGUGGUGGAAGGGGCGGAGAGAGAGAGCAUGGGGGCGGAGUUCAGGGAGCUUGUGGCGGAGAUGACGCAGCUUUUGGGGAAGCCGAACGUGUCGGAUUUUUUUCCCGGGUUGGCCCGGUUCGAUUUGCAAGGUGUGGAGAAACAGAUGAACGCGCUGGUGCCACGGUUCGAUGGGAUAUUUGAACGGAUGAUUGGUGAAAGAAAGAAGGUGGAAUUGGAAGGGGCAGAAAGGAUGGACUUUCUGCAGUUUUUGUUGAAGUUGAAGGAGGAAGGCGGUGAUGCCAAGACGCCACUCACCAUCACCCACGUUAAGGCACUCCUUAUGGACAUGGUUGUCGGUGGAACUGACACAUCUUCCAACACAAUUGAGUUUGCAAUGGCAGAAAUGAUGCACAAUCCAGAGAUAAUGAAGAGAGUCCAAGAGGAGUUGGAAGUUGUAGUUGGGAAAGAUAACACGGUAGAAGAGUCUCACAUUCAUAAGUUAUCCUACUUGCAAGCUGUGAUGAAAGAAACUCUAAGAUUACACCCUGUGCUUCCACUUCUAGUACCUCAUUGUCCUAGCGAAACCACUAUUGUGGGAGGUUACACAAUCCCAAAGGGGUCUCGGGUGUUUGUGAAUGUGUGGGCUAUUCAUAGAGACCCUUCAAUUUGGAAGAAAUCACUCGAAUUUGAUCCUACAAGAUUCUUAGAUGCAAAAUUGGAUUUCAGUGGCAAUGACUUCAACUAUUUCCCCUUUGGAUCUGGAAGAAGAAUUUGUGCAGGAAUAGCAAUGGCUGAGAAGACGGUUUUGCAUUUUCUUGCCACACUCGUACACUUAUUUGAUUGGACAGUACCCCAAGGAGAAAAGUUAGAGGUAUCAGAGAAAUUUGGAAUUGUUCUCAAAAAGAAAAUACCUUUGGUUGCUAUCCCCACCCCACGGUUAUCCAACCCAGAUCUUUAUCAAUAGAGUUUACUAUAAUAUACUUGUAUCCAUUAUUCAACGCUCAACACUAUAUUAAUUAUUUUGUAAAAAAAAAAAAACUACAUUAAUUAUGUGUACCAGUACCAGCAUAAGGUUUUAGAUAUAAGUCGUUGUCAUUGUACAUCAAAAAAUAUGGAUUUGUUAUAAAAAAAAUUAUCCUGGGUUGGAUCAUUCAUUAUGAGUAGCAUGUUGAGUGGUUUU